UCUACAAAAAAAAAAAAAAACUAAGUUCUCUAGUAGUUCCUACCUUAUUAGACCUCUUACCAAACAUUAGACCCUCUUUUUCAAACCACUCUUCAACUGAUGUAAAACCAGUAAGAACAGUGUCCUAGUUUUCCUCUUACUUCUCUGAUCACUCUUAUUCUCAUUUGCCAGUUUCGUUUCUGCUUAUUGUGGAAUCUCAGAGUUUUGUCUCAUAAGCCAUCUUCCCCUCCUUCUGUACUCUCCUCACUCUGGCUCUCCCGUCUAUUCCCAAGGCCGCUGAUAGGUUUGGACAUUUCAGACAUGUACUUCUCAGCUGAACUCUUCUGAACUUCAACUUCUGUAUCCAUGUACUUGCCCACUGGACAUCUUCACUUGGAUAUUUCAUGGGCUCCUUAAAUCCGGUAGGUCCCAAGGCUGAACUCAUCACCCCCCAUCAAGCUUGCUUCAUCGGUGUCCCCCAUCUCAGGAAAUAGAACCUCUGCCCCACCCAGUUCUAGGCAGAAAUCUAAGGGUCAUCCUUGACUCGUCCCACUCUCACCCUUAGAUCUAAUCACUCUUCUAGUCCUUUUGAUUCUACAUCUUAGGUAUCCUUUAAAUCCAUGUAUCUUUUUCCAUCUCCAGUGCCACCAUUCUAAUCCAAACAGCCAUCAUCUCAUCUGGACUGCUACAACAGCCUUGAAAGUAGUCUUCCAGUGUUCACUCAUACUUUCCAUCCCCACAAACCCAUUGCUGUAGAGUGAAUUCCAACUCAUAGCAACCCUAAAGGACAGAGUAGAACUGCCCCAUAGGUUCUCUAAGCUGUGGUCUUUACUGGAGCAGAUCUUUCUCCUGUGGAGCUCCUGGGUAGGUUUGAACAACCAACCUUUUGGUUAGCAGCUGAAUGCCUAACUCUACAUAAAACCAUUGCCGUGGAGUCAAUUCUGACUCAUAGCGACCCUAUAGGGACAGGGUAGAACUACCCUAUAGGGUUUCCAAGGCUAUAAUCUUUACUGGAAGCAGACUGCCACAUACUUCUCCCACUGAGUGGAUUCAAACUGCUGACUUUUCAGUUAGCAGCCGAGUGCUUGACCGCUGCACCACCAGCACUCCUCACCAUCCCCCAGUCCCUUUUAUAUUCUGCCAAUAUCUUUAAUAAAACUCAGCAUAAUCUAGCCCCUCACUGCUUCUCCUGCCACUUUAGAAGCCAUACCACUCUGACCUUGUUUACUGUGUUCCAACCCUGCAGGCCACCUUUUGGUUCCUCUGACGCAACACAUUCUUUUCUCCCUUGAAGCCUUCCCACUUGCCGUUAUCCCCCUACCUCUUCUCUGACUUUUUUUUUUUUUUGAACAUUUUAUUGUGCUCUAGGUGAACGUUCACAAAGCAUAUUAGUUUCCCAUUCAAAAAAUGUAUGCAUAAUUGUUUUGUGACUCCCCUGACUAUUCAACAGGGAAACUCCUGUGUAAUCUCUUCCUCAGGGAAACCUUCCCUGGCGUGCUGGAUUAGUAUGCUUUCCUUGUUGAGUGUUCCCUAGAAUCCUGAGUCCUUUCAGUGUUCCCAAAUCACGUGUAGUUUUUGGUGUUAUGUCCCUCUUUCCCACUAAACUGUAAGAACCGUGGCAGCCAAGACGAUGUAUGACUUGUUCACCAUUGAAUCUCUGCUGCCUAAUAUAGUGCCUGGCACAGAGACACUCAUUAUUUGUUGAAUGAAUAAAUGAAAAUAUAGAAGCAAUUUAUUAAAAAAAAAAAAAAGCCCCUCAACUCUCCGUGCCAUAGAAGCAGAAAUCAAAAUGCCAUGUUAAUCAGUACGACUUUUCAUACUCACAGAAGACCAAGCGGUCAGCAGAGGGCGGGGUGGGAGCUGAUGAACUUAGUUAAGCAACCUUACCAGAAAAAAAGGAACUCACUCUAACCAUGGUCAUCUCUUCAGCUUUUAUGCUGAUUUCCUAGAAGUUUUCACAUUUUACAUAGUUGUAUUCCAUGUGUAAGCAUUAUUUUAGUUCUGCUUUUACAUUUUCAUUUUCUAAAUCACUGCCUCCUUGUUCAUUAAGUUUGAAGGUAACAUGGGGUUAUAUCAGGUUAAUAGGUCGUAAUUUUCUUAGCCAUUUCCCCAUUGUUGGGCUUUUUGGUUAAUUCUGAUUUGAUGUUAUGAAUAGAAGUGCUGCAAACAUCUUCAUAACUUCUUAUUUCACAUUAUCUCCUUAAGGAAUACGAAAGUAGAAUUGAGACAUCAAAGCAUGUCAACAAUUUAUAUUCCUUCAUAUGAAUGGAAAACCUGGUGGCAUAGUGGUUAAAAGCUACGGCUGCUAACCAAAAGGUUGCCAGUUCGAAUCCACCAGGUGCUCUUUGGAAACCCUAUAGGGCAGUUCUACUCUGUCGUAUAGGGUCACUAUGAGUCAGAAUCGACUCAACGGUAACAGGUUUUUUUUGGUUUUUUUUUUCAAAUGGCUAGUCAGAGAGUUUUCUAGAAAGAAUCAUUUAUAAUACCAUUAAAACUAUAAUAUAAAUCUAUGUUUAGUUCCAUUUAGCCUUACCAGCAUUGGGUUUUAUAUUUGUUUAAAUUUAUUUCUUAAAGUUUAAUACAUAAUAAUUAAGAUUUAUUUAGCUCUUUCUAUGUGCGGGGGACUUCUAAGGAUUUGACAUGAAUUUUCUCAUUUAAUAGUCACCAUAAACCCACGUGUCUGUCAGUUUGUCGUACUGUGGGGACUUGUGUGUUGCUGUGAUGCUGGAAGCUAUGCCACCGGUAUUCAGAUACCAGCAGGGUCGCCCAUGGAGAACAGGUUUCAGCUGAGCUUCCAGACUAAGACAGACUAGGAAGAUGGACCCGGCAGUCUACUUCUGAAAAGCAUUAGCCAGUGAAAACCUUAUGAAUAGCAGCGGAACAUUGUCUGAUACAAUGCUGGAAGAUGAGCCCCUCAGGUUGAAAGGCACUCAAAAGAUGACUGGGGAAGAACUGCCUCCUCAAAGUAGAGUCGACCUUACUGACGUGGAUGGAAUAAAGCUUUCAGGACCUUCAUUCGCUGAUAUGCCGUGACUCAAAAUGAGAAGAAACAGCUCCAAACAUCCAUUGAUAAUCAGAACCUGGAACGUACAAAGUAUGAAUCUAGGAAAAUUGGAAAUCGUCAAAAAUGAAAUGGAACGCAUAAACAUCGAUACCCUAGGCAUUAGUGAGCUGAAAUGGACUGGUAUUGGCCAUUUUGAAUCGGACAAUCAUAUAGUCUACUAUGCUAGGAGUGACAAUUCGAAGAGGAAUGGUGUCGCAUUCAUCGUCAAAAAGAACGUUUCAAGAUGUAUCCUGAAGUACAGUGCUGUCAGUGAUAGGAUAAUAUCCAUACGCCUACAAGGAAGACCAGUUAAUACGACUAUUAUUCAAAUUUACACACCAACCACUAGGGCCAAAGAUGAAGAAAUAGAAGAUUUUUAUCAGCUACUGCAGUCUGAAAUUGAUCGAACAUGCAACCAAGAUGCAUUAAUAAUUACUGGUGACUGGAAUGCGAAAGUUGGAAACAAAGAAGAAGGAUCCGUAGUUGGAAAAUAUGGCCUUGGUGAUAGAAACAGUGCCGGAGAUCGAAUGAUAGAAUUUUGCAAGACCAUCGACUUCGUCAUUGCAAAUACCUUCUUUCACCAACGUAAACGGUGACUAUACACAUGGACCUCACUAGAUGGAACACAGAGAAAUCAAAUUGACUAUAUCUGUGGAAAGAGACGAUAGAAAUGCUCAAUAGCAUCAGUCAGAACAAGGCCAGGGGCCGACUGUGGAACAGACCAUCAAUUGCUUAUAUGCAAGUUCAAGCUGAAACUGAAGAAAAUCGGAGCAAGUCCACGAGAGCCAAAAUAUGACCAUGAGUAUACCCACCUGAAUUUAGAGACCAUCUCAAGAAUAGAUUUGACACGUUGAACACUAGUGACCGAAGACCAGAUGAGUUGUGGAAUGACAUCAAGAACAUCAUCCGUGAAGAAAGCAAGAGGUCACUGAAAAGAUAGGAAAGAAAGAAAAGACCAAGGUGGAUGUCAGAGGAGACUCCGAAACUUGCUCUUGAGUGUCCAGUAGCUAAAGCAAAAGGAAGAAUUCAUGAAGUAAAAGAACUGAACAGAAGAUUUCAAAGGGCCUCUCAAGAAGACAAAAUAAAGUGUUAUAAUGACAUAUGCAAAGAGCUGGAGAUGGAAAACCAAAAGGGAAGAACAUGCUCGGCGUUUCUCAAGCUGAAAGAACUGAAGAAAAAAUUCAAGCCUCGAGUUGCAAUAGUGAAGGAUUCCAUGGGGAAAAUAUUAAAUGAUGCAGGAAGCAUCAAAAGAAGAUGGAAGGAAUACACAGAGUCAUUAUACCAAAAAGAAUUAGUCGAUAUUCAACCAUUUCAAGAGGUGGCAUAUGAUCAGGAACCGAUGGUACUGAAGGAAGAAGUCCAAGCUUCUCUGAAGGCUUUGGUGAAAAACAAGGCUGCAGGAAUUGAUGGAAUAUCAAUUGAGACGUUUCAACAAACAGAUGCAGCACUAAAGGUGCUCACUCAUCUAUGCCAAGAAAUAUGGAAGACAGCUUCCUGGCCAACUGAUUGGAAGAGAUCCAUAUUUAUGCCUAUUCCCAAGAAAGGUGAUCCAACAGAAUGUGGAAAUUAUAGAACAAUAUCAUUAAUAUCACACGCAAGCAAAAUUCUGCUGAAGAUCAUUCAAAAACGGCUGCAGCAGUAUAUCAAUGGGGAACUGCCAGAAAUUCAGGCCGGUUUCAGAAGAGGACGUGGAACCAGGGAUAUCAUUGCUGAUGUCAGAUGGAUCCUGGGUGAAAGCAGAGAAUACCGGAAGGAUGUUUACCUGUGUUUUAUUGAUUAUGCAAAGGCGUUUGACUGUGUGGAUCAUAACAAGCUAUGGAUGGCACUGCGAAUGGGAGUUUCAGAACACUUAAUUGUGCUCAUGAGGAACCUUUACAUAGAUCAAGAGGCAGUUGUUCAGACAGGUUUAAAGUCAGGAAAGGUGUGCGUCAGGGUUGUAUUCUUUCACCAUACCUAUUUAACCUGUAUGCUGAACAAAUAAUAUGAGAAGCUGGACUAUAUGAAGAAGAAUGGGGCAUCAAGAUUGGAGGAAGACUCAUUAACAACCUGUGUUAUGCAGAUGACACAACCUUGCUUGCUGAAAGUGAAGAGGACUUGAAGCACUUACUAAUGAAGAUCAGAGACCACAGCCUUCAGUAUGGAUUACACCUCAGUGUAAAGAAAACAAAAAUCCUGGCAACUGGACCAAUGAGCAAGAUCAUGAUAAACGGAGAAAAGAUUGAAGUUGUCAAGGAUUUCAUUUUACCUGGAUCCACAAUCAAUAGCCAUGGAAACAGCAGUCGAGAAAUCAAAAGACGCAUUGCAUUGGGCAAAUCUGCUGCAAAGGACCUCUUCAAAGUGUUGAAGACCAAAGACGUCACCUUGAAGACUAAGGUGCGCCUGACCCAAGCCUUGAUAUUUUCAGUGGCAUCGUGUAUGCAUGUGAAAGCUGGACAAUGAGUAAGGAAGACCGAAGAAGAGUUGACGCCUUUGAAUUGUGGUGUUGGCGAAGAAUAUUGAAUAUACUGUGGACUGCCAAAAGAACGAACAAAUCUGUCUUAGAAGUACAGCCAGAAUGCUCCUUAGAAGCAAGGAUGGCAAGACUGCAUCUUACAUACUGUGGACAUGUUGUCAGGAGGGAUCAGUCCCUGGGGAGGGACAUCAUGCUUGGCAGAGUACAGGGUCAGCGGAAAAGAGGAAGACCCUCAACGAGGUGGAUUGACACAGUGGCUGCAACAAUGAGCUCAAGCAUAACAACGAUUCUAAGGAUGGCGCAGGACCGGGCAGUGUUUCGUUCUGUUGUGCACAGGGUCGCUAUGAGUCGGAACCAACUCAACGGCACCUAACAACACCAACAACAUAAACCAGUAAGCCUUCCGUUACCAUUAAACCUUUCAUGCAGUUUGGAUACCUCAGGACAUGUUAAGUGGCAGAUUAUUUGGAAGAAUGAAGCAUGAUGAGUGACACCAUUAUGAGGUAAGAGGGCAAUAGCUGGAGAAACAGGUGAUGGUGGACAAGCAGGCUGCAUCAUGUUCUGACCCAGGAGAAACAGAAGCAACCCUAGAAACCCUUGGAGAGAUUGAGGUCUUGGAACUUCCCACAGUGGUUGGAAGUGGGCGCAGGCCGUUUUUGUGAUCUAUUGAAAGAAUGAUCCCUAAAAGUUAAAUGAUGUGGGGUUGUCCAGGUUGGAAACUUCUGGUUCACACUCAAGUGAAAAAGAACUUUUGCUGAACCACAUUAAAACUUGAUUUAUCAAGAGUGUUUGUCACACUUUCCUCCUUAAUAUAUGGCAGUUAGCUUCCAGGACACCAUAGUCUUCUGGUUUUCCUCCUAUCCUAAAGGCAGUCCUCAAGACCCUUUGCUAAUUCCUCCUUUUCUGCCUAAUCUCUUAUCGAGGGUACACCACAGUCCUCUCUUCUUCCCUAUCAGCAGACACACAGUCCCUUGGUGAUCUCAUCCUGUGUCAUACUUUUAAAUAUGAUCCUAUAUCAACAACUCCCAAAUUUGUAUCUCCCAAACUUCCCUGAACUCCAGAUCCAUAUAGCCUACGUGCCUAUUUGACAUUCCCACUUAGACGUCUAAAACCCAUCUCAAACUUAACAUGUUCAAAACUGUAUUUCUGACUUUCCUCCCACAAGCAGCAUGUACCACUUUUAGCUUUCUCCAUCUCAGUUGAUGGCAACUCUGCCCAUUCUUCUAGGCCAAAAAACAUGUCAUCAUUGAUGAUUCUCUUUCUUUUAUACCCAUAUCUCCAAUCCGACAGGAAAUCCUGUUGGUUUUGCCUUCAGAAUAUAUCCAGAAUUGGCCCAUUUCCACUAUCUCUACUUCUACCAUUCUAGUCAGAGCCACCAUCAUUUCUCACUUGGAUCACCAUAAAAGUCUCCUAACUUUCCUAACUGAUCUCUCUGCUUCUGCCUUUCUCUCCCUUGCAGGCAAGGAUGAUCAUUUUAAAACCUUAUACUAAAAGCCUAUUAUUCACUCUUCAGCUCCCCUUCAGAGUAAAGGUCAGAGUUCUUACAAUGGUCUUAUAUGGACUCCCUGCCCCUCCCCCAUGACCUCUUUGACCUGUCUGCUCCCCACUGCCUCCCUUGUUCUCUCUCUUCCAGCCGUGCUGAUAUCCGUGCUGUUCCUGAAUAAGCUAGGCACGCUUUCACCUUAGAGCUUUUGCAUUGGCUGGUCCCUCUGCCUGGAAUUCUGCACGCAGCUGAUUCUUUCACUUCUGAGUCAUUGCUCAAAUGUCAACUUCUCAACUGGACUUGCCCUGACCACCCUCUUAGUGGCAACUUCCCCCAGCCAUUGUUCCCAAUCACCAUUCUUGCUCUAUGUUUUUGUUUUAGCCUUUAGCACUUACUACCUUCUAACAUACUAUAUAAUUUAUUUAUAAUCUUUGUUUAUUGUCUCUCUCUCUCCCCCCACUGCUAGAAUAUACGAGCUCCAUGAAGGCAAAGAUAAAUAUCUGUUUUGUUCACUAAUAUGUUCCAAACACUUAGCACAGUGCCUAGCUCAUAGUAGGUACUCAGUGAUAAUUAUUGAAUGAAAGCAUAAAUGAAGAUCUUUUAUACCCACUAACAGAAUGAGAAUCUAGGUUCACAGUUUUAUAUAACACAGGCAUCUUCCUUUAGGGAUUAGCAAGCUUCGUCUUAAAGGACCAGAUACUCAACCCCACCCAGUGCCCUCAAGUCGAUUAAAACGACCAGAUAGUAAGUGUUUUAAGCUUAUGGUCUCUUGUCUCUUGUGGUCUGUGUCACAACUGCUCAA